CAUGUUAAAGGUAUUCAUUUGAAGCCUCGAUGGAAUCUUAUGUCGAAAAGAUUAUCAACGGAUAAUUAUAUUCUGAUAGCGGAAUCGUGGGAGUCGGCCAAUGUUGAUGUCUAGGCGGAGAUCUUGCCGAAGCAUUUAUCAUUUGCCUGCCGGUAGCGCGCAUCCUGAAUAUUGGAAAGGGACGAGACAACAUCGGUCUUGGCGAAGAGAUUGAUGGCAUUCGCGAUGUCCGAUGGCUACCUACUUUACAGACGCCAUGUCCAAUGGGAUGAUGCUAGACGGCCGUCGUCUUUUGAGACACCGCUGUCUGCUAAGGAAUAAGCGAGCAGCAUGGCUGGCACAUUGGAAAACGCAUGGCAUGCGUGGUUUUGGGUUAAGGAUAAUGCGAGCCAGGACAUACGGCAUGCUCGGGACGACUGAAGGACAACGAAUGGGUGUUUCGAACCCCCAGAUCAUCUCCACGGGCGCGCUCUUUGCAUAUCGACCACAGGCGAAACGUACGCCGGAGCGACUUACCGUUGGCUUGAAGGAUAUUACUCAUAGCACAAGGCGAUUGUCACAUGUGCUGGCUCGGCCACAACAUCAAUGCUCAACUUUCCUCGUUGGCGUGUUUUGCAAGGCGCAAUGGACAAGCAACCUUGCAUCGGUCACUCCGGUGGCUUGCUCGAAAUACACACCAGCUCAACUAAAUGAGGCGAUAUUCUUAUAGAGCACCCAUAUGUCGUUGAACGUCCACGGAGGUCGCCGAUGAGAAGAAUCUAUUCAUUCCUCGAGACCGGACUGUCCGGUUUGCAGGACUUCAGCUCGGCUCCUGAUCUGU